CCGCGGGACUCCCGUUGCGUCUCGCUUGUAGGGAGCUUGUGUCCCCCCCGCACGAGGGGUUUUUCUGGACGGUGUCCCGGCUGUGGGGCUGGCCAGCUGCGGGCUCUGAGCUCCCCCGUCUAGUUCCCCAAUUAUCCGCUUUCGAACAGCCCUAACUAACCGGCGCUGCGGAGAAACCCCCUCCCUCCAUAGAGGAAGCCUCGGCUCUACAGUAGCGUAGGGCCCCCCGGCUGUGCCGCUGUAGUGCAGGGGAGCCCGAGUGUCUAGUGUCAAGGAGCACGGGGGGAGAAGUACCGCGAGGUGGGCACCCACGCUUUGGAAAUGUAAUCACGUCAUUGGUAAUGGACCCCAUCAUGACCGUUGUUGUGUCUACAACGAAAGCAACUUGGUAGAUGGUGUUUACUGCCUGCCAAUAGGACACUGGAUUGAAGUCUCUGGACACACUGAUGAGAUGAAGCACACAACUGACUUCUAUUUUAAUAUCGCAGGCCAUCAAGCCAUUCACUAUUCCAGGAUUCUGCCAAACAUCUGGCUGGGAAGCUGUCCUCGGCAAGUGGAGCAUGUGACUAUCAAGCUAAAACAAGAAUUGGGUGUUACAGCUGUAAUGAACUUCCAGACCGAGUGGGAUGUCAUUCAGAAUUCCUGGGGCUGCAACCGCUAUCCAGAACCCAUGAGCCCAGAGAUCCUUAUGAAACUGUAUAAAGAGGAAGGUCUUGCUUAUGUCUGGAUGCCAACCCCAGACAUGAGCACUGAAGGAAGAAUACAGAUGUUACCUCAGGCUGUCUGUCUCCUGCACGGGCUACUAGAGAAUGGUCAUGUCGUCUAUGUGCAUUGCAAUGCUGGUGUCGGCAGGGCCACCGCCGCUAUCUGUGGCUGGCUAAAGUAUGUGAUGGGAUGGAAUCUGAGGAAAGUGCAAUACUUUGUGGCUUCCAGGAGACCCGCUGUCUACAUAGAUGAGGAAGCUCUGGUUCGCGCUGAAGAUGAUUUUUAUCAGAAAUUUGGACCGCUUCGCUACUCAUGCAGACAGUAGUGGUAGAAAAGCUGACUGGAGCAGGGGAGAUGUUUGCAGUGUUGCCAACCCUAAGCAUUCAAAAUUCCUAAGUUGAACUGCCCAGAUUUGUUGCUUGGGGAGAGAGUGUGUGUGAAAAAUCAUGAGGUUUGAAAACAAUUAAUGUCUUUUUAUUUGCCUUGCGGGGAGGGGGUCUUGUUUUCAAAUUUUUCUCUGCAGCAAGGUGGGCUAGGAACUUACUGUUCAAAAUAAAAGCUGAGAUUCUCAUGUAGUCAUGGGACUCCGGGAGCUGAGGAAAAUCUCACAGGAUACAAGCAUGAGGGAUGGCAAGACUGGCAGGAAGAAGGCGGAAGCAUUCAGGAGUACUAUAUACAGAAAUAGAAAUCAGUGGUGUGGGUUUUGUAUUUUUCUGGCUUAGACAGACAGGGAUGUUGGCCAUUUUAGGUAGAGCCUUCUGUUUUGGUGUGUUUACAAAGACAUUUAUAAUGAAAUGGCCUUAUUGGCCUGAGGGCGGGGGAGCAUGCAAAGUCUCUCACUCCCUGCCCCUGCCUUGCCAGGGGCGUGUGGUGCCUAGAGAGAUCUGCCAGCUGGUGGGGGGAGGAGACUCUGUGCGCUCCCCAGCCUCCAGGUUGCGAUUAGUCUGGUAGGGCAGCCAUGGGCUGGAUCAACUGGCUGGGUGGGCCAGAUUCAGUGUGCAGACCCUAUCUUACCCACUUCGACCUUAAUUAUAAGGAAACUCUAAUACUGGAGACUUGUUAGUGAUCAGACUGUUACAAUAUUCUAGGCAGUAUUCAGGGAGAAUGUCCAUCAUGAUAUAUUUUGCUUUAUUUUCUGCCCCAAUGCCUCCAGAUGGGAAAAAGCCACUGAAAGUUAUUGUAAGUUUAUUUAUCUGACCACUACUUUAUUUCUGUUUUGAAAGAAUGUAUGUCUUGUUAGAUACUGGGUGGAACUAUAGCCUGUUAAAUAAAAGCCUGAUGACA